GUUCUCACUUUAAAUUUUGCGGUUUUUGUAGUGUCGCCAUGUAAUCCGAAACUAGCUGCAGUUGUUCUUUCUGUAAUGACCUUGAACCCCUCGACUUUAUUGUAAAAUAGUGCUUAAUAUAUCGCGAAAAUUACUUAAUACGAAGAAAUGUCUUCCAUGAACGAUAGCUCCGACAUCUACGCACAAAAUUACGGUGGCAGUGCGACAGCUCCAGGAAACUUUCGACCGUUCGCGUCGCCUUACUUAAACUACGAUCCCGGAUAUAUACCCGCCACCCAACCGGAAUUUAUAUUUUUGGAAGGUGCCAACAAACAGAGAGGUCGUUUUGAGCUUGCCUUUGGUCAAAUCGGUGCAUCAUGCAUGGUGGGAGCUGGCUUAGGGGGGGCUUCAGGGUUUUACAACGGCUUAAAAGCCACCACAAUGGCGGGACAGACUGGAAAAUUAAGAAGAACACAAAUGAUCAAUCACAUUAUGAAGAAGGGUAGCGCAACAGCCAACACAUUUGGAUCAGUUGCUGUGAUAUACAGUGGUUUUGGGGUUAUUUUACAAUUAGUUAGGGGAACCGAUGAUGAUUUAAACACCGUUAUUGCUGCCACUGCCACUGGUUUAUUAUAUAAAUCCUCAGCUGGUUUAAGAAAGUGUGGUAUGGGUGGUGCAAUAGGUUUUGGAGUUUCCGCGCUGUUUGCCUUAUGGAAUUCGAGAGACAAGUUGUCAGGUUUACAGCAGUUUAAUCCAGCGCAAAGGUAGACCCCAAUGAAUAUGGAGAACCUGUUCUAUGGACGUUAGACCUUUCAAAAUGUAAAAUACCUACUAUCAAUUAAUUUAUAAUUCUCCUACUAUUGUACAUACUUUAUGUGAAUUAUACUUUAUACAAUUCCAGUUGUAAAUUAUUUAAAUAAAUU